AUGAUCAAGCUACUCGGAGCAGUAGCUCUGCUAGGAGCUGUGCAUGCGCAAAACUCGGCACCACUACCAGAGGUUGAUCUUGGCUACGAAAUCUACAGAGCCGCCAGUUUCAACUCUACCGGCAACUUCUACAAUUUCUCCAAUAUCCGCUACGCCGCGCCUCCCGUUGGCAAUCUGCGAUUUGCUCCUCCUCAAGCCCCCGCAGAGAACCGGUCCGCUGUGAAUACUGGUUCAACGUACAGGUAA